UUUCAGUUCCAAGCCAACCUAGUUCUCGCAUCAUCUCUCCUUGGUUUUAAGUUAGGUCCUUAGCACCCACCCCGUUCUAGCUGCCUUGCUCGAUAUGCAAGCUGUUGGGAAAUGAUGUUUUUCUAUACGCUUGCAGCCACCGCGCUGUCAUUCUCUCACAUAUCCGCGUCGGUGAUUCGAAGGAAUGAGGUCCCGGUAUUCAGUCAACAAUUCGCCGAUCCAUCGGUGAUUGAAGAGACGGAUGGCACAUGGUACGCUUUCGGGACGGCGGGUAAUGGCAAACAUGUGCAAGUUGCCAUAGGGGACUGCCUAUACGGAGACUGGACUCUCCUAAAUGAUACCGACGCGCUUCUCCGGCCUGCCGCCUGGACCACCGGACGUAACACCUGGGCGCCUGACGUGCGCCGACUGGCGGAUGGAUCCUACGUCAUGUACUAUAGCGGCGAGGUGGCCCAAGACCCUGCGCACCAUUGUAUCGGUACAGCCGUAUCCAGCACGGUUUACGGGCCAUAUGUCCCCGACGACGAGCCUUUCGCCUGCGACCUGAGCGUCGGCGGUUCUAUUGACCCCUCCGGAUUCGAGGAUGCCGACGGCAGACGAUAUGUCCUCUACAAGAUCGACGGGAACAGUAUCGGACACGGAGGCAGCUGUGGAAAUACUGUCGAACCGAUCAUGCCCACGCCUAUCAUACUUCAAGAGGUCGAACAGGAUGGUGUGACGAAAAUCGGCGACCCGAUUCAGAUUUUUGACCGCACCGACGAAGACGGACCGUUGGUAGAGGCACCGAGUAUGGUACGCACAGCCAACGGGAUGUACAUACUGUUUUUCAGUAGCGGGUGCUAUCUGGAGCCGACCUACAAUGUCAAUUAUGCGACAGCGAGCAGCCUGACAGGCCCGUUCGAGCGAGCCGAUGACCCAAUGAUCAGGACGGGGGAGUACAACUUGCGAGCACCCGGCGGCGCCACUGCAGUGAACGUCAGAAACCAAGUCGGCAUUGCUUAUCAUGCAAAUUGCCCAGCAGGACGGUGUUUGCAUACAUCACCCACCGUUAUUAACGGCCGGGAGGUGCGAGUGGUAAUAUAGAGCACCGUCGGAUGCCAUGAUGCAUAUUCGCAAAGGACGAGGAAACUUGUAUUGGACCUGGACGGCUCAACGAUUUCCGAGAUAUCCACGGGCAAGUGUGAACGUAUGCUUAGAAAAUUGGGAGGCAAGGAGUUAGGAGAUGGCUCAGUUGACACUUGUCGCUCUAGAGGCGCUAGAAUUGGGAGGGAGAGGCUUCAAUACUUCAUUUUAAUGCCAUUAGAUCUUUAGACCCGAGAACGAAAACCAACGAUACCAUAGAGCACAUGGGUAUUCUUAGAAGCAUAGAUUAUUGAUAAUAUAACGUUCUUUUGGUUACACUCGUAACUGGCUGGGGGUUUCCAAUUGAG